AUGUGUCCGGUGGUUAUGGGAAACAAGAUCGUUGGUGUAUAUCAAAAGCACAAUGACACCAUAAUCCCAACUCCAGAGAUUAAGCAUUUUCUAAAUGGCAUUGGAGAAAGACGACCCAUUGGCUUCGGUUCGUUGGAUAUUUGGCAUCAAGACAUGGUGGAUGCUCAACUACGUAGACAUUUUAGAAUGAGUCAUGACACGACAGGUGUUCUUAUAACCAAAAUAGAUCCACUGUCGAAUGCUCUCAAAGUUCUGAAAAAACACGAUGUCAUACUUGCAAUUGAAGGUAUUCCUGUAAACAAUGAUGGAACAGUUCAUUUUCAGAAAAAAGAAUGGCUCGGUCUUGAUGAAUUGGUUUCUAUGAAGAAGCCUGGUGAAACAGCUUUAGUUAAAAUCUUAAGAGAUGGAAAAGAGCAAGCGUUCAACGUCAGUUUAAACUUCACCACGCAGCGUCUGGUUCCGUACAAAUUCCUUCCGAGCUAUUACAUUCUUGGCGGUUUUGUCUUUAUGGCUCUUUCUGAGCCAUGCAUUGAUAGAUCAAGAAAAGACAUAUGUGACUGUGCAUUAUAUAGGAUGGCCACGAAAGCCGGUGAACAGAUUGUCAUCAUUUCUCAGGUGUUGUUGGAUGACAUCAACAAGGAAUACUCUAAAUUUACAAAUUUUGAGGUGAAGAAAGUGAACGGAGUGGAAGUUGUGAAUCUGAAGCAUCUAAGUGAGCUCAUAGAAAAUUGCUGCACCGAGGAUUUGAGGUUCGACUUAGAAAAAGGAAAUGUUAUUGUGUUGAACAAGAAAUCUGCUAAAGAAGCAACUUCGGUGACCUUGGAACGUUACGGAAUACCAUCGGCCAUGUCCGAUGACCUUCAGUAA